AUGUCGGGAAACCAGGAAGAAAUUGACAAUCCUCUUCAGGAAUGUUUUCAUAAUAUAGAGAGAAUACAAGCUAAUUUCACAGGGAGGAGAAGCCAUAGAAAAGCAGAACGCAGUGAUGACUUUGAUUGCACACUAUGCUUGAAAUUACUGUAUGAACCUGUCACAACUGCUUGUGGGCAUUUCAUGCCUAUUUCAGUCAAUGGAUCGAUAAUUGUUGCUUUAUGGUUUUCUAUACCUAUGCUGUUUGUAAUGGACGUGGUUGCGCAUCCCCCAGGAGUUCCACCUAUUAUAGAUUGA